CGUUGGCGCACCCGACACGGUCACACCGAUGAAAAGCCAACUCAGCUGAAAGUGAACCCAUUUUUAUACACAAAAAACUAGUAGCUGCAGCGAAAUAAGUUAAAUUCACCUGUCCACUGAGCCCCAAGACGAUGCAAAAUGCGGCUGGCCAACGAGAAAGCGAAAAUGCAGCCCCAGCUGAGUGAGUUGGCCCUGUUCGUGGGCCUGGCGAUCUGCUGUCUUCCAACUUUGACGUGGGCCGCGGCGACUCUCUCCGACAAGCGACUGUGCGCCGACCCGAAAUGUGAACAAAUCAUCUCGACGGGCAUUGCCAAAGUGAGCUAUGCCGGCGGCGGCGAGGGGCUGAUAUCCUUCAAAAUCAACUCCCCCAUCCGCGUCCUGUCCAAGAGCGCCGGCUCCAACAAGCAGCUGUGGGGCGUCGAUAUCAACGGACGGCGCGGCUAUGCCAACAAGGACUUUAUCAGGGAGAAGAAGGUCCUGAUCCUGGACAAGGACCUGUUGUACGAGCUGCCAGUGCUGGGACUUGGCAGUCCACCCGUCCAGACCGUGGAGAACCCACCGCAGCCCGUUCUCAACGCCUCGGAGUCGGCCGAUGACCUGGCCACGACCACAACGUCACCACUCAAGGUUGCCGUGGAUUCAAUAGUGGUGGAGCAGGACAAACUGACGGAUCAGCAGGUUCCUCAUCCUACGGCGGCUUCCCAAGUCCAGGUGCAGCUGGUGGAGGGCACUGAGCUGCCCCUGGAGGCCAUUCCGGCAGUGACCGAAGGCACCAUUGUGCCAGAGAAGACAGAAGAUCCCCAAGAAGCGCAGAAAUCCGAAUCCGCCUCGGCAGUUGUUGACACGAAAGAGCCACAGGCGUCAACUUCUGAGACCAGUAAGCCACAGGAAGUAUCUACGGAUGAGCUACCUGCCACCGGCGCUCAGAAGCCAACUCCACUGCCGCAGGCCAUCAACGCUGAACUUGAAGACGCUGAGGAUUUCGACUACGGGGAUGACGAGGCAGACGAAGACGACGACAACGACGACGAUGACGAAUUUAAACAAGGUAGCGAAGAUAACGAAUCGAUCAUAGAAAAAACAAACGAUAAGAAAUCAAUUAACGAAUCGAUUGAACUGAACCCGCUUUCGGUUGAGCAAAAGAACGCAACAGACAUAUUGGAGGACGAAAAGGAAGAGCUUAAGGCAAAGCCGGUUGAAGGUGAGGUGCCAAAGCAGGAAGAAGUACUUCCCGCAGAGGCGGCCACAGAAAAUCCGACGGAAGUGAAGGAGGCAGUCGAAGAAGUCACUGAGGCACCGCAACUGAUUGUCAAAGACGAAGUUAAAGAGGAAAUAGCUACGCUUUCUGAUGAAAUCCAGGCUGAGCCUGAAAAAGAUAACACUGCUGACCCUGUUGUGGCUCAAUCCGAGGAGGAAACAAAGGCGCCAUCUGAGUCAGUGGCCAGCUCAACUGUUCCAGAGGUUCCAGAGGCAGCUGAACCUAUUGGCCUGCCGCCCCUUUUCGAAAAGAAGAACUUUGAGAAUCCCAAUGAUUACUAUAAGCAAUUGCAGGAGCAGCAGCAAAAGCAAAAACUAAUCGAAGAAGCGGAUCAGCAAAUUAGGUUACAAGAGGCAGCGGAGCAGCAAAAGAGAUUAGAAGAGGAAGCGGAGCAGCAAAAGCGUUUGCAGGAGGAAGCAGAGCAGGAGAAGAGGUUGCAAGAGGAAGCAGAGCAGCAGAAGAGAUUGCAAGAGUUGGCCGAACAGCAGCAGCGGGCAAGUGAGGAAGCGGAGCAGCAACUGCGGGCCCAGGAAGCCGAUCUGCAGCAGCCUAAUGAUUCUAAGGAUACACAGUCCAACAAAGUUUUUGAUAACACGAAUGACUACUACAAGGAGCAGCAUCACCAGCACCAUCAUCACCCCACAGAAAGUGCCUAUAAUUACCCAUCGAGUGCCGAGCAAACUACUCCAACCCCUGACACUGAGUCUUCGUAUGGCGCAGUCCAAGAGGAGACCACACAAGCAUCACCAGCUGACUCUGAGCGCGCGGGAGUUGGUUCCGUGGAGCCAGUAGCUCUGCCCGCGACCUCUAGUCCCGUGUCAGAGGUGCCCGUGAAGGAGGAUAGCGUAGGCGGUGGCCUAUUUGCCACGAUUGUCGACACCGUGAACAAUUUUAUCGGAAAGGAGCCACAGACUGGUCCAUCGGACAGCAGCGAUGAGCUGCAAAGAAUUCUCUAUCCUGGAAAGGUUGAGGUGGCAGCAUCUCAAAGGAAAGUAGAAGACUCUGCUCCUGCCGAUGUGGAUGGUUACUGCGCUCGGUUCCAAACGCGGGAUGAGCACUGCCAUAGCUCCAUAUCCCUUGAUAACUUCGCGGAGGUAAUGGCCGGCAAACUGGUGGAUCACAGCCAACUUCUGCUGUGUGUGGUUAUUGCGGCUGCCUCGUCCUUGUUCUUUGUGCUCGCCUACUACUGCUUCUGCAACAGCAGCCAGGAGGGAGCCCUCCUUUCGAAACUGAACCACUUGGAGCGCAGUCUGCUGGCAUCCCACAAGGAGAACCUGAUCAUCAAGCACGACCUGAUGACCACACGAACCAAGUUGGCCAGCAUUGAGGACAAUUCGUUUGGCUCCAACGACAUGGUGGCUGACCUCAAGAAGCAGCUAGAAUCGGAGCUUUACGAGAAGGCCAAGCUGCAGGAGCAGGUUGGCUCGCUAGAAAGGGAUCUGGAUAACGCGGCUGAAGCUGGCCUGGAGCUGAAUAAAAUGCUGUCGGAGGUGCUGAGCAGCCAGAAUGGGGAUGAGGCCUUCAUGAGCACUGUUGAUGAGCUGCAGCGACAGCUCAACGAUCAAGAAAAGAUAAUUAUCGAGAUCAAUUCGAGUCUGGCAGAGAAGAGUCGCGAGAACAGCGAACUGCAAUACUCCUUCACGGAGGCCACAGCUCGCCUCACCAGCGAACUGAAGGCCCUGCAAGAGGACAACUACGAGCUGGAUAUGGAAAAGUCUAAGCUGCAAUCACGUCUUGAGGAAAUAAAGGCCGAGACGGAAUUAGAGUUGGCCAAGGCGCUCGAGGCUCGCAAUUACGAAAUGCAGAAACUGCAGAACCAAAUUCUCGAUCUGACUGCCAAAUGGGAGCGGGAACACGGCGAUUUGCAGACCAGUCUGGCCAAGAUCGAAGCGCUCGAGGAUUGCCUAAAGGCAGUGAAGAAGGAUGCGAACCUCAAUGUCCAGGAGCUGAUCACCUCAGCCAAGACGCGCGGGGAACUGAACGCAGCCCAUAAAAAGUUCGUCGAGCUGCAGGCGAAGGUGGAGCAGGAGGUGGCCCACAAGCAGCGGCUGGAGAGCCAGCUGCAGCAGUCGAGUACAGAUGUGGAGCAGCUGAAGCAGGACUUCAACCAAUCAGAGCGCGACAAGCUGGAAGCACAGACGCGACUCGAAGUCCUAUCGGGCUACUUCCGUGAGAAGGAGAACGAACUUAAGAAAGAACUGAGUCUGCAGGAGACCAAGUGGCUGCAGCAUCAGGGAGAAAAUGCCAGCACAGUAGAAACGCAGACGCUGAUGAAGAACGAAAUCCAAACCCUCAAAUCUCAGAAUGACGAACUGCGCGCCGAGAUCGAGGCCCAGAUAGCCUCUCACAAGGCCCAGAUGGGCACGCUGGAGAACCGCGCUCACGAGUCUUGGCUUGCGGCGCGCCAGUCAGAGCGCCGAUGCGAAGAGGCGCUGGCCGAGGCCGCCGGCCUGAGGCGCAAGCUGACCACCAUGGCCAGCGGAGGAGGAGAUCCAGGCGUCAUGGAGGCCAUCGCUGCCAACGGAGCGGCGCCUGUGCUGGGGGCGGAAUUGAAGACGGCACCGUCGCCGCUUCCCCUGCCGGGUUCCCCACUGCUGAACAUGCCAAAUCCACUGCCAUUCCUGGCGGCGCCCUUCUCUCCCUUCAUGGGUCUGCCGCCGCCAUUCCUGCCGCCAGCUGGAGUGGGCGGGGCACGUCCCCCGCCGCUGGGUCGCAUGCGCUCCCCACCGCCAUCGAGCCGCGGCGAUCGGGAUCGGUACUCGGACUACAGCGACUAUGAUGACUACGACGACGAUGAGGAGGACGAGCGGGGCAUGGACCGCCGCCGAAGGCACAGCGGAAGCUGGGGCCGCCGCCACCGCGACUCCUACAACCACUCGCCGCGCACAUAUCGCUCGCUGUCGCCGUCGGACAGUCGCUACAACUACAACGAUACGGAGACGGACUUCAGUCCACCGCCGAGUCCGCCGCCAGUUUCGUCGGGACGCAGCGCGACAUCGCGACCCUACAGCGAAGUAUGAGGGAAGGGGAGUUCCCGUGUAACCAAGUCCUACCAAGUAUAUUAGACUCAAAACUAGUUCAAAUAUAUUUAUUAAUCAUGAUUAUCGAAAGGUCGGGUCGGGGCGGGUCGGCUCGGCCUCUCAAAUCGAUUCCACUAACAGGGAUCUCAGGAGAAUCCAUCAACAUCAAGCACUAAGAAAACUCCUGACUGAAUGGUGAAUGAUACCCAAGAAAAUUAAAAACAAUUAAACACAAUGACAAAAACCCAAUAA